GUGCCAGAAGAUACUGUUAUAAGCAGGUCAGGAGCAAAAUGCGUUGUUUCGCUUCUUGAUCAGUGGUAUAUUGACUACAGCAUUUCUGAGUGGAAGGAUAAGGCCAGGAAAUGCGUUAAGAGGAUGAUAUUGACGGACGAUACGCGGGCUAAGAUUAGUGAGCAUUUGGAGGGAUUGAAUAAGUGGGGAUUCAGUCGAUCAUUUGGGCUUGGAACCCGGGUGCCAUGGGAUCCACAGUAUUUAAUCGAUUCUUUGAGUGACUCCACAAUUUAUAAUGCAUUUUAUACCGUUAAGCAUCUGCUAUUUUCUGAUAUUGAAGGAAAUGAGGAGAUAUUUCCCAAGUCUGAACUAUGCGACGAUGUUUGGAAAUUUAUUUUCGGUGAUAUUGAUGUCUUACCCAACAAUCUCAUGGCAUAUGAAGACAUUCUCAAAAACUGUCGGGAUAGCUUUGAAUAUUUCUAUCCAGUCGAUGUCCGUGUGUCUGGGAAAGACUUGAUUGGAAAUCAUCUUUUGUUUUUCAUUUUUAANCAUGUUGCAUUGUUUGAUGAGAAGUAUUGGCCCCGGUCAAUCUUUUCCAACGGUCACUUGAUGCUGAAUUCAGCGAAAAUGAGCAAGAGUGAUAAUAAUUUUUUGACUGUAGAAGAUUGUCUUUGCAGGUAUGGGGCCAGUGCUACGAGAAUGUGCCUGGCCGAGUGUGGAGAUACAAAUGAAGAUGCCAAUUUUCUAGAAGCAGUUGCCAACUCAUUUGUUUUGAAGCUUUAUACUCUAACAAAAACUGUUGAAUCUCUCGAAAGCACAUCUGAAUGCGAUGAAAGUCUGCUGUGUGAAAUGGCGAAUAGAAUGGCACUUGAGCCUGAAGCCAGGCGUGCGUUCUUUGUUAAUGAAAUGUUCUUGCAGUCCAUUUCCCGGAAUAUUAGAGAGUCCUUAAAAAGCUACGAAAAAAUGGUGUUUAGAGACGUUGUGAAGUAUGGAUUUCACGAGAAUGUUAAUCUGAUGGAGCUGUAUAAGUCUUUGGGCGGAAGCAGCAACACCUUGGUCAAUCUUGGAUAUAGAACGAUCCUUUCGCUGAUGUAUCCUAUAAUUCCAUCGCUAGCCAGCUACUUGCUGAAGCUCAAGUUUCGAGGUGACUUUUCAAUAGCCAAGCCGUACAGAGAUGAGCAAGAUAAAAUCAAGGCUAUUGAACAUGUAAAGAAUGUAUGCAGUAGGAUUAACUCCCUGAAAAGAGAGAGCACAUCUGUCGAGAUUAGAGUUACGAGCGAGUAUCCAGAAUGGAAGAGGGAAUGCAUGAAGAUCGUUGAUUGCUGCAAUCAGAAAUCACAAAUUGUUAAACAUGUCGAUUGCAUUUUCAAAAAGUACGGAAUACGCAAAGAUAAUGGAAUGAGCUUCUGUAUGGACUACUUUGAGUACAAAGAAAAAUAUGUUAUUUCCUUUGAUGAGUUUGAUGUUCUUUCAAUGCUUGCUGACUUUAUCAAAGAGUCCUGCAAUCUUUGUGUCAGUGUUGUUGAGGGUAAUCAGGGAGAGCCCUUGAAUCCGACCUUUAAAUUCAAUAAAAGCACACUCUGA